AUGGCUUUGGCGACGGAGAUGGCCAUUAAGGACGAGCGUGCUGAUGAUGAUGACAAUGAUGAUGAUGACGAUAGCGCGAUGGCGGUGGAGAUGAAAAUGACGACGAUGAACCUGCCCAAAAAAUCGACUUCUUGUCUACGCUCACAAGCGGAGGCGACGACAACAUCAGGUGAAGCAGCGGCGACGGCGACUGCGACAUCAGGAGAGGCAGCGGCGACAUCGGGUGAGCCAGUGGUGACAUCAGGUGAGGUAAUGGUGACAUCUGGUGAGCUAGCAGUGACAUCAGGAGAGGCAGCGGCGACAUCAGAAGAGACAGCGGCGACACCGACCGCGACUUCAGGAGAGACAGCGGCGACAUCAGGAGAAGCAGCGGUGACAUCGGGUGAGCCAGUGGUGACAUCAGGAGCGAAACAAGUGUACAAGUAA